GUCGCUCUUUGAGUCGAAGGUAACCUGUCCCGUCUCGGGCUCGUGCCAGCUGAAGCAGGAAGCCAUGUCCGCCUUCUGCCUCGAGUGCCCGGACUUCUGCUCCUCCUGCACGCCCUCUCCUGGAAGCCCACCUCCCCCGGCUCGCUCCCCGCGCCCUGCACCCGCAUUCCCCCCGCCACGUGCAUCCCUCCCCCCGCCACCACCAGCAUCACCACCCACAGCAGCCUCCCCUCCCCUCUCCUCCUCACCUUCGCCCUCUCCACCUUCUCUUCCCCCUCCAGCUCCCUUUAUCACACUAUCUCCUCCUGUACCCGCGAUUUCUCCUCCUCCUGAGCCCUCUGCUUCUCCACCUCCCCUUCUCCCCCUCCCCUCUCCUCCUUCCCCACCCUCGCCCUCACCUUCCGUGCCUCCACCCAACAUCGGCAGCGGCAGCAGCAGUGGUGGUGGUGGUGGUGGUGGUGGAGUGUCGGUGGCAGUGGUGGCGGGGAUAGCAGCUGCUGCAGUGUGUGUGGUGGUGGUGCUGCUGGUGCUUGGCUUUUGCUGGUGGAAGAGGAAGAAGCAGCGGCAGCAUUCAUCUGGAGAGUCAUAUCCAUCCGCCCAGCCGUUUCUAGACACACAGGCCAGUGCAGGAGCAGGAGGAGGGGAAGCGGCAGCAGCCAAGCCGUCCCUCGGCACCACAAGCAGCGGCGGCGGCGGCGGCGGCAGCAGCAGCAAGGGCCACUGCACAGGGCCAUACCAGCCGGUGACGCCCAUGGGGUCCACAGACGCCCCGCCUCUCUUCCACCAGUUCGCCCUGCGCGAGCUGGAAGCUGCCACCGGUUGCUGGUCCACUGACUGCAAGAUUGGCAGCGGGGCGUUUGGCGACGUGUACCGUGCUGUGUGCCCUGGGAAUGCCGAUGUGGUGUGGGCGGUGAAGCGCGCACGGAUCAUCAGCGCAGACUUCAGGAGAGAGGUGGAUCAGAUGGCAUCGAAGCACCACCCCAACCUGGUGCGGCUGCUGGGCUUCUGCAGUGAUGUGGACACGGCCUCGCAGCUGCCCCAGCAGAUCCUCGUGUACGAGUUCAUGGCGCAGGGGGACCUUGCUAAGAGGAUCAAGACAGAUCCUCCUUUGACCCUGCAGCAGCGACUGGACAUUUUGAUCGGAGCUGCCAAGGGCCUGGAGUACCUGCACAGCUUUGGCAUUGUGCAUCGCGACAUCAAGCCAGCCAACAUCCUGCUGGACAGCAACAUGCAGGCUAUGGUGUCCGACUUUGGUCUCUUGCGCAUGGGAGAGGGACGCAGCAACCCCACCCCCACCACCACCACCACCACCAGCGGCAGCAGUGGCAGCAGUGGUGCGGCAUGGGGGUCAACACGUGUGAUGGGCACGCCAGGAUAUGUGGAUCCUGUUUACUACAAAACACACAAGGCCACACCGUCUCUAGAUGUAUACAGCUAUGGCGUGGUGAUGUUGGAGCUGGUGCUGGGGAGGGGGCCAGUGGUGCUGGUGGGCACGGAGUGCGUCAACAUCAAGGACUGGGCCGCCCCUCUCCUGGCUGCGAACAAUCUCACCCCGCUACUAGACCCCUCGCUGCAGUCACAGCCACCAGCCAGCCUCAGCAGGGAGAAGCAGAUAUCCCUCACGAAAGCCCUGGCAGAGCUGGCCAUGGCAUGCACGCGUGUGCCCACCGCCUCGCGCCCGUGCAUGAGCGACCUCAUCUCCUCCCUCUCCUCCCUCAAACGUGAGUUCUUCGGAAUGAAGGAGGGGGGCAGGGGCAGCAGCAGGGGCCGCAAGGGGCAGGGGGAUGCAGGGGCUGGUGGUGGUGGCGGUGGUGGCGGGGUAAUUCAUGAGGAGGGAGAGGAUUAUGGGACGUUAGGGCAAGGAGACGGGUUUGACGCAGGGCCAAACGGGGGAGGAACAGGAGCAGGUGGAGCAGCAGGGCCGCCGGGAGAAGCCCCAGGGAAGAAGAAACAAGGUGGAGGAGGGGGUGGGAGCGGGGUGGUGGGCGCGGUGGAGAGUGCGGAGGAGGUGGACCGGGCGUUCAUGGAGGGGGUGAGGGAGCAGGGGCGCACGUUGGAGGAGGAGCUGGCGAUGCUCAACCACAUGCUCGUGAUGUCCGCCGUGCACCACAGUGGCAUGCACCUCUCAGCGCCCUCCUCCUCCUCCCAGGAGCAUUGACGCGCCAGUGCCACCUGAAGGAAUCCUGACACUCUGGGUUAUGUAGCUGUCGUGCUCCAAUGAAUAUGCAGGCCGUAGCAGUGGCACCUGAAUAAUGCUCCUCUCGGGCUGCAUCUCAGGAGCAUGGAGGCCACAGUGGCACCUGAUGCUUUCGGGCAGGAUGGUGCUAGGUAUGUGCCGGGCUGGGGCCCUGAUGGUACCGUAUGGUAUUGGUAGGUUGCAAGCAAGCACCCCCUAGGUAACCAGCAGGUCACGUUGGUUCUCAUCUCAUGCCAGUAUGGCAAGGCUAGAUACGUUGUUUUUUGUAACCACUGAAUUUUAUCGAUGAGUUGUCAGCAUUAUGCAG